AUGAAGCUUACGUCUUACUUCCUUCUCAUUCUCAUCCUCCUUCUCCAGCUGAUGAUCCCAAGGUAUGCUCAGUGUUCCUUGGACUCCAUCGUGGACACAAAGAUAAAGGAAGCUCUCACUGGCUUAGAAAUAAAUCCUGCCCCAGCAAAGUAGAUUUCAUGUACCAGUAUCUUUAGCUCAGGCAAACUGUCUUUCUGCCCUGCAGGAAUGGUUGUCACCAGCUGUGCUUGUGGCUAUGGCUGUGGUUCCUGGGAUAUCCAGGGAGAAACCACAUGCCACUGCCAGUGCAGCACUAUAGACUGGACCACUUCCCACUGCUGCCACCUGACCUGA